CGAAAUUCUCUACGUAAUCUGAUAAAUAAAUCUCGAAAUAAAGUUUACGGUUGCCCGCUUAAUUCCUAACCCAGUACUAGCGCACACAUGCGAAACAGAUGUUCACACGUUUGAAACGACCCAGCAUGCUCACUACCGUAGUUAAAAUUACCACGUGUUUGUACGAAUACGAGUGAUGUUUCGCCGAAUUUCAAUUUAUAACAAGACUUGACCAUCAGAUUGUCAAUCCAGGAAACCCUCUGAAGACGAGCGCAGAAAAUUUGAACCCAGAAGUUACAGGAAAUAUUAAUUAUGGAUCAAGAUUCAAAGUCUGACGAUAUCGAUUAUGACUCGAUGAUAGAAAAUGGGACAGACGAGGAAUCCGAUUCGGAAAUUGAAAAUUCUGAGGCUGAUGAAGUCGAGUCUUCCGAGCCAGAUGACAAUGCUUAUGACUCGAUGAUUGAAAAUGGCACAGACGAAUCGGAUUCAGAAGUUGAUAUCAGCGAGCUAAAGAAUCUAACCAAAGUGAAUAAAAGAAAGAUAACCGAUGAUCAUGAUGUUAAGGUGCCAAAAAAGAAAGGGAAAAGUGAUAAGGAGCUUUAUAAACCACCCACGGUUGAAGAAUUGAACCAACUACGAGAAACAGAAAAUUUAUUUCACUCAAAUUUGUUCAGAUUACAAAUAGAAGAGAUGCUGCAACAAGUCAAAGUUAAAGAUAAAUACAGAAAGUUAUUCAGUACUUGGUUCGAAGAUUUUCAACAGUGCAUUAAUCAAAUUGAAGAAACAACCGAAUUUCAGCUGUCUGACAAAAAGUCCCUAAAGAGUCUAAAAAUUGAGGUUCCAGUUGACUGCAAGUCAAAAGACACAAAAGGAUUUUACAAAUUUCUCAAACCAUCCCAGAUUAGUGUUGUCGGAUCCUAUGCGAUAGAUUGCUGUAUUGGUCCAAAUUUUACGGUGGACGUAGCUGUGGAAAUGCCAGCGAAACUCUUCCAGAAACAUGAUUACCAGAAUCAUAGAUAUUUCCGCAAACGCGCCAUAUAUCUUUCAUAUAUUGCGACAAAUAUUGGUAAGGACCUUGUGGAGAGCAAAAAAUUUGCCAACCUUGGUGACACUUACAAGCCAAUUUUAAAGAUGGUCCCUUCUGGAAAAUUGGGCAAACAUGUCACUGUACAUCUCCAUGUAGUCGCUCAAGAAGGGUCUUUCAAACUUAACAGAUUUUUACCAACAAAAAACAGCAUCAGAACUGGCUGGUAUUUCAGUGAAGAUCAUCCGGAAGAUGACUCUACGAUUCCGACGCCACAUUACAAUAGUUCUGUUCUGUAUGACUUAACGAUGUCUCAGAAUAAUUCUCGUAUCAUUAAAACUAUAUCCGAAUACCCAGCUUUGAGAGACGGAAUAUUGUUAUUGAAAAUAUGGCUUCAUCAACGAAAAUUAGACAAAGGCUAUGGUUCGUUUACUGGACACGUUUUAACAAUGUACGUUAUUCAUCUAAUGAAAAUCAGGCAAAUCAACAACAUUAUGAGCAGCUAUCAAGUGAUCAGAAAUGUUUGGACUUCCUUAGCACUAAGUAAUUGGUGUGAAUCUGGCAUAACUUUAUGUCAGAAUGACAACGGCGAACCAUCUGUAUCUGAUUAUCACAGUCAUUAUGAUUGCGUCUUUAUCGAUACAUCAGGAUAUCAUAAUUUGGUGGCGAAUAUGAAUAGGACAACAUUCGAAUGGAUAAAAAGACAGGCAGAACUUGCCGUCAAAUGUCUGGAUAAUGUUCACAUCAAUAACUUUCAGGCUCUGUUUAUGACAGCGGUGCCAUUUCAUAGAGAGUUUGAUCACACUAUAUGCUUUCAUGAUACAAACGCCAUAUCACAGUUGGUAGAAGAAUUGUCACCUAGAGCAACAAGGCUGGAUUAUGAUUCAAACACCUGGGCUCAAGCGGUAAAAUUGCUUGUCCCCACCUUGCAGCGUGGCUUGAAUAAAAGAGUAUCCCAAAUCGGAGUUAUUCUUGGAGAAUCUGAAGAAUGGGAAAUUACUGAUCCUGCCCCAAAGGGUUUGAGGAAAAUUUACAUCGGCUUCAAACUCAAUCCAGAAUUCUGCUUCAGUAUUGUUGAUAAAGGACCUGAGGCAAAUUUACCGGAGGCAGAAGAGUUCAGAAAAUUUUGGGGGAAAAAGUCACAGCUCCGCCGCUUUCAAGAUGGCUCUAUCUGCGAAGCAACUCUUUGGGGAAAAGGCAAAACCUUGGCGGAAAAAAGGUCUUUAUGCAAGAGAAUCAUUAUUUAUUUAUUGGAGAACAAGUUUUCCAUCACUCAAGACAAAUUUUUGUACAUCUCAGAUCAAAUGGAGGAGUUAUUAAAAUUGAAAAAGAUAAAAAUUACCAAUUUCGCAUAUGGUACUGGGGAAGAAGCGACAAUCCAAGUGCUAAAUACUUUUAAUGAAUUAGAAAAAGAGCUGACAUCAUUAUCCGAUCUUCCGUUGACAGUGACUGGAGUUCAGGGUUGUAGCGCAGUGUUUAGGUAUACCGAGGUUUUUCCUCCAUUAGCGACCGUAUAUCGCAGUGGUACAAAAAUAACGAAGGAAGGUAAAAAUUGCCUGUUACUGAGGGAAAAAAAUUUAGGCAUGGCACCUAGAUACGUUCUACCUAUCGAAGCUGUUAUACAAUUAUCCCUGAGUGGAAAGUGGCCAGAAGAACUGGAAGCUAUAAGAAAAAUUAAAGCUGCCUUUCACAUACAAAUUGCAGAAGGCUUGCGAAAACAAUACAGCUUGAAAGCACAAGGUGGCUUAAACUACAUUGAUGUGAUGAAGGGCGGUUUCGUUUUUCGACUUACCGUAGCACAUCAGAAAGAAAUUGUGUUACUCAAGCAACAAAUUGGCGAUGAUGGUGUAAUAAAGUACAGGGAUACUGAGGAGUCGAUCGAAAUAGAAAAGAAAUUAUUCCACUUGCCGAAAUUGACGAGUGCUCUUCAUGGGCUACAUUCCCAGUUACCGUCUUUUGGUCCUGCUUGUUGCCUUGCAAAACGCUGGUUACGAGCACAUCUUCUUGACGAUUCGCACAUACCAGAUAUUACGGUUGAACUACUAUUUGCUGCGAUGUAUUUGGCACCAGAGCCUUACUCUCCGAUACAAACACCUCAGGUGGCAUUUCUAAGAUUUCUUGAAUUGUUUGUUAAAAGCUACUGGAAUACUGAACCAAUUAUCGUUAACUUUAACAACGAAAUGAAUAGGCAAGAAAUCGUAGAAAUUGAGAGUUAUUUUAAUACCAAUCGAAGCACGCUUCCAUCACUUUUCAUAUCAACUCCCUAUGAUCAAAAAAAUUCGUUGUGGACAAGAAAGAAGCCGUCUUCAGUUAUUCUCAAACGUAUUACGACACUCGCUCAGGCUUCCUUGAAAAUUAUAGAGAAACAAAUCUGCAAUGGUGACAUCUUGAAUCACAGGAUUAUAUUUAAAGCUCCGAUGAUUGAAUAUGAUUUUCUUAUCAAUCUGAGACCUUUUUUAAAUCCCAGAAGAUUACAGGAUAUCAAUUUGAGCGAUGAUCACCCUACGGUAGAAUGGCAUCCAUACAAAUCACAUUCUAUGGCCAAAAUUCCUGUAGUUGACUUUAAUCCUGUUCAAAUGUAUCUGCAGGAACUCAGAGAAAACUAUGAAGAAUAUGCACUGUUUUUUCACGACACAUUCGGUGGUCACGUUAUAGGAGUUCUUAUAAAACCUAGUGCCUUAGAGCCAAAGGACUUCAAAGUGUCCAAUGUCAACUGUCGAAAAUUUAAUGACAAUGGCAAGUUGGUACUGAAUGUUCCUGCGAUGUUGGAGGACUUCUACGUAUUAGGCAAGGGCUUGGUCCGCAGUAUUGACACUCAGUCCAAAAAAGAUUACCUUUGUUGAGCUACACAAAUUUGUAACAUGUUAUUUUGUAUAAUAAAAUAGCGAUUGGACUUAUCGAAA